AUGAGUUUUGAGUCUGUUCAUGUUUUCGCAGAGUUUACAAUGAUGCAAUCCUGUGCGAAGAUACCGCUGGCUAAUACGUUAGGGCUACUGCUGUUACUAUUAAUCAGCUUUUGUUCUGCAAAUGACAACAACAGCAGCAAACCACGUGAUAAGGUGAGUUUGUUUAAUAAAAGAUCGAGUAAUCGGAAAAUUCUUUAAUGUACUUUGCUGUAUGAUAAUUGAAAAGUGAUACCACUGAACAGGGUCUAUAGGUAAAAAGGUCAAAGGAAAUGGCUGACUCAAAGAUUGUCAAGAAGUUUCUCUAAAAUGCCACGGUCUGCAAUUUUUUCAACUCAAACAUUGGGAAUUGUUUUUUUAGAAUCUUAAAAGAUAUUUAAAGUAAAACAAAUUUGGCCAACAGGACAAUAAUGUAUGUUUCCAAUUAAUAUUCUCUUAGAUUACACGUCAGCAGACAUCAUCUUAUGGUUCCUGUGGUCAUGGUGGGUGUUUCUGUGCACCAGGAAUUCCAGGCAUCCCUGGAAGCCCUGGACCCGCGGGACCAGUAGGUGUUGCGGGAUCACCCGGUAAUCAAGGACCUGAAGGACCCAUGGGCCCACGAGGAAACAAGGGUGAUGAAGGAACCCGUGGAAGACAGGGACCUCCAGGUCCUAGCGGUACCAAAGGUGAAGCAGGUCCACCUGGCCCCAAGGGAACUCAAGGACCCUCAGGUUCAGCUGGUUCCCCUGGAAACAAGGGUGAUACAGGUGCUCGUGGAAGUCAAGGUCCCGCCGGUCCCAAGGGUGCUCCAGGAUCGUUUGGCCGUAAUUGGAAACAAUGCGUUUUUAAGAAACUGAACGAUGGCAGGGACUCUGGAUUGAUCAAGGUAAAGACUCAGUUUAAAGCUAAAGAUAUGUGAGGUUAGCCUAAAGUAAAUAAGGAUUAACUAACUUCGGAUUUGAAAAUUCUAGUUUUGUCAACUUUAUCACGAAAAAUGAUUUUUAUUAACAACAACAGGCCUGGAACUAGCCCAUGGCUGCCUUCAAAUAAUAUCUCUUUAUUCAUUAUUUAACAUUAAGUUUUUAAGUCCGAUUGUUUCAAUUUUGGUUGCUGAAGUCGCUGAUCUUCAAAUGAUCUAUGAUGUUCUAUUCAUAUUUUCACAGGAAUGUAUUUUCAAGAAGCUGUCAGACAACACAGCGCUGCGUUUCUUCUGGACAGGCGCUCUUCGAAUCUAUAACUGUGACGGCUGCUGCAGUCGAUGGUAUUUCACCUUUAACGGUACAGAGUGUUCAGCCCCAGCAGCCAUUGAUGGUGGGGUGUACAUGGUAUACGGAACCGGCAGCAGAUUAAAGAAUUUGCACCGCGUACGUCACAUUGAAGGAGUCUGUGAGAAAAUCCACAAAGGCACAGUGCGUGUUGGAUUCUGGGUCGGCAAAUGUUCUGCUGGUAAUUCUGCUGAUGCUGAGACAGGCUGGCCCGGAGUGUCCCGUAUCUACGUGGAGGAAAUACCUCCCCCACAGACUUAA